UUUUCGAACCGACACCAUAUUCAAACAAGUGAUCAUCAUCAUCCGAUAUUCAGAUAACACCAAAUUCCCCCACAAAAUCCAGAAUACGAUUCCACUGCUUAUUGUCUAUAUACGGAGGAGGAUAAGAGAGCACUAGAAAUCAAUUCCUCAAGUGAAAUCAAAACAGAAGAAAUGGAGGCUAAGCCGACUGAUAUCACCAACGAAAUCCCAGAAAUCAAAUUCACCAAGCUUUUCAUCAAUGGAGAGUUCGUUGAUUCUGUUUCAGGAAAAACUUUUGAAACGAUUGAUCCAAGAACCGGAGAAGUAAUAACUAGAGUUGCAGAAGGAGAUAAGGAAGAUGUUGAUUUGGCUGUCAAAGCAGCUAGAGAAGCUUUCGACCAUGGGAAAUGGCCUCGGAUGUCUGGCUAUGAGAGAGGAAGGAUAAUGAUGAAAUUUGCGGAUUUGAUAGAAGAAAAUGUUGAGGAAAUAGCGAUUCUCGAUACUAUAAAUGCUGGAAAGAUAUUAGCUCAUGGUAAGAUGUUAGAUAUCCCAUUUGCUGCAAAGAACCUACGUUAUUAUGCUGGUGCUGCAGAUAAAAUCCAUGGGAAAACAUUAAAGUUAUCACAAGAGAUGCAAGGGUACACAUUGCUUGAGCCUAUUGGAGUUGUAGGCCACAUCAUUCCAUGGAACUUCCCCUCGGCUAUGUUUUUCCAUAAGUGCGCACCUGCACUAGCCGCUGGGUGCACUAUGAUAGUCAAACCUGCCGAACAGACACCUCUUUCAGCUCUUUAUUAUGCUCAUCUCUCUAAGCUGGCAGGUAUCCCUGACGGAGUUCUCAAUGUUGUUAAUGGAUUUGGUCCCACGACUGGUGCUGCAAUUUGCUCUCAUAUGGACAUUGACAAAGUGAGUUUUACGGGUUCCACAGAAGUUGGUCGGGUAGUAAUGCAGGCAGCAGCAACAAGCAAUUUGAAAGUUGUGUCACUUGAACUUGGUGGAAAAUCACCUCUUAUAAUUUUCGAUGAUGCGGAUUUGGAGAAGGCUGUUGAUCUAGCACUCCUUGGAGUUCUAUACAAUAAGGGAGAAAUCUGUGUUGCAGGAUCUCGUGUUUAUGUUCAAGAAGGAAUUUAUGAUGCAUUUGUUAAGAAAGCAGCAGAAAAAGCGAAGGCUUGGGUUGUUGGUGAUCCAUUUCAUCCAAACACUCAGCAAGGUCCCCAGGUAGACAAGAAGCAGUUCAAUAAAAUACUUUCGUAUAUAGAUCAAGGCAUCAGAGAAGGAGCCACUUUAUUGACCGGUGGUAAACAAGUUGGUGAGAAGGGGUUCUACAUUGAACCCACAAUCUUCACAGAUGUUAAGGAGGAUAUGCAAAUAGUGAAGGAUGAAAUAUUUGGACCUGUAAUGGCCCUCAUGAAGUUCAAGACGGUUGAAGAAGCAAUCCAGAAAGCUAAUAACACACGAUACGGAUUAGCAGCAGGAAUUAUAACUAAUAACUUAAAUUUGGCGAACACAGUCUCGAGAUCAAUACGUGCAGGUGUUAUCUGGAUUAAUUGCUAUUUCGCUUUUGAUUUCGACUGUGCUUUUGGUGGAUACAAAAUGAGUGGUUUUGGAAAGGAUUUGGGUAUGGAAGCUCUCGAGAAGUAUCUUCAAACCAAAUCGGUUGUCACUCCAAUCUACAAUUCUCCCUGGCUUUAGAUGUGUGUUUUACCUAAACUAGUAUUCCAAGAAAACUGCACUCUCGCCGAAAGAAUAAAUGUUACUCUUUAUGUUUGUUGUUUCUGUAUUUCAUUUCGUUCAUGUUCUCCAAUGUAUCAUAACUAUAAUGUUUAUAGACAUUUGCUUGGGAUGCAACUAGUCAAUUCCUUGGUCCA